GCUGCUUGAAAAAUAGUUAUUUACAUAUUACGCGCAAUGUUACAAGUUUAAUCGAGCUUCCACCAAGUAGAAACACGAAUACGAGGAAGCAAAGGAACAGGACAGUGACCGUUAUCGUGAAAGGAGUUGUUCAUACGCUCAUAUGCCGCUAGCAAAGUACAGAGUUUCCCUUUCAUUACGCGACGACGACAAGCGACCAUACAUAUAAUUUGACUUGUCGUUUUCCGGUGCAAUUUUCUCCGUAGCGCGCGCGAAUCUUUAAAACGCGCUCGUGCGUAACGCGCACGGCAAAGUAGCAUCCUCGACCUGUCUAUGACUGCUGGUGGUUCAACGUAGAUCAGUGGCACGAGGCCGUCCACCUGGACAACUCGUCCGAUCCUACUUACAUUAACAUUUGCAUUUAAUAAAUAUGAAAUUCGCAUGCGACGAAGAUGACACGAAAACGCCCUGCACGAAAAAGAAAGAGAGAGAGAAAGAGAGUUCACCGGGAGUCGAUAUCGACACUUGUUUGGCCAAAUUCGUUGAAUUGCAGAGAGAGAAUACUCGUAAAAUGCAUCUAUCAGAUACAUAAACGACCCAUGUGUGCAAGAUAUCUUUCUUUGAUGAUAACGAGGACAAUCAUGAAGUCUGCGAUUAUGCGACUAUUGCUUUUGCUACUCUUUUAUGACCAUGUGGCAAGUCUGAUUAUACCGGAGGAGCUUCCGACGAUCCUCUCUCUCAUCUAUUCAAAUAUCCCACCAAUCAAGAAAGGAACCGAUUCUAGGCUGGGUGUGGGUUUUCGAUUAGGCGAACACGCGGAUUUCCAAAUUCUCAUUGAAUUGGGUCCGCAAACCGAAACAGAUCCAGUAGGAGUAUCUGGCGAUUCCAAAAGACGGCGAGAUGCAAUGUUGACUGCUGCGAUGAAAGGAGAGCUAGGACCAUUGGCACAAGCGGUGGCCAGAUAUCAAGUCGAGAAUAGGAUUCACAAGGAAAUGAACAAGCUUAAGGUAAUGCAGGAGAAGCUGAAAGAUGUUCAAGUAGAAAACAAACCGAAGGAUUCAGAUACCGUUUCCAGUAACUGGUUAACGAAAUGGAAAGAGGAGAUGUCGCAGUCACCAAAAGACAACGUGCCAUUAGAUUCAGUCCAAAGCAAAGACGACAAAGUAAUACAGCAAAGGAUAGGAAGACCAGUCAAAGUCAAACCCAUUGUCCAAACGGAUAAAUUGGACGAAUUGACCAAGUUGUACAAGUUGCAAAAUGUAAAUAACACAGAAAACUUGGCAUAAAUAGAUUGUGACUUUCUUUUGUAUUUAUUGUAUGUUGCGCUGCUUUUCACAACAUAUAUUCCUCCAAGAAGCAUCUGUCUGAAUAUUAUAGUUACAAUGUAGAUUCGGAAUAUGUUUGACAUUCUUGUGCGAUGCGCAUAUCUCUUGCCAAAUUGUAACGUAAAAUUAGUUUUAUUUAUUAUAUUUAUAAUUAUUUGAGUAAAAAAUUGUCAAAAGAUAAAAAUAACCCAGAAAUUGCCUGUAUAAUAGUCCUACAUCUACUUAAAUUAAAAGAGGUAACUUUCCUUCA